CUUCCCCCACCCCCACCUUUGCUCACUUCACUUCACUUGAUGACACACGACAACUUUUCCCAGCACCAAAGCUUAUUUAGACCCUCGGACGCCGGACGUUUUCUUCCUCUUUACGGCAGGGCGUGCUUGGCGCUCAGUGCUCGGACCCAGCCAUGAACAUCAUCGGGGCUGAGGACGAGGACUUUGAGAAUGAUUUGAACGAUGUGGUGGAUGAGAGGUGCUUGUUCAGCAGCAUCGAAAUGCUGAAGGAGCGGCCAACACACCUGCUGGUCUUCAUGCAACAUGUCAUCCUCCAGUUUGAUCCUGCACCACUGCUUUGUUACCUUCACGGUGACCUCUUAAAGAACCUCAAUGCCAAAGAAACCAAGAAGCAGUUUGUGGAGUUCUACAACACUUUUUUGGACAAGGGCGCAAUCCUCAGAGUCUCAGUACCUGCUGUCAUAGCCACCGAACUGGACCGAACACGCCCGGACAUGCUGUCAGAGGACGUUCAAAGACGCUUCGCCUACGAGGUCCAGCUCGAGCAGGCCGCCGAGGUGGCCAAGCAGCUGGAGGACUUCAGGAUAAAGAGGAGGAUGGGGAUGACGCCAAACGAGGCGGAGUUGAUCGACGUGGAGAGUCACUACCCAACCGACCGCAUCCCGCUGGAGAUGAAGGAGAAGUCCGUCGCGGAAAACCUGCUGGACAAGAUGUCUGAGACGCAACCCACCAUAGUCUCAGAUGAGGAGAAAUGCCAGUCCAUCUUUUCAGCGGUGGCGUACUACAUGAAGCAUCUCGGUGUGAAGACCAGGGCGGUAGACAGCAAGAAGUCCCGAGGGGGCUUCUUCCGUAGCAAGUUAGUUAAGAACAAGAAGGAUGAGUCCACAAAGACCAAACCCAGGGGGGGCUUCCCUGGAAUCCCUAGCUGGAUUGCUGGCCCUGAGGUCAAAGCUAAAAUGGAAACCGAAGCGGACAAAGAGAAAGGGAGUCAGGAACGGAAGGGUCCAACGCCCAUCCGGGGCUCCUUCAUCGACCCGGCAGCGCCCACCCUCUCAGGCAGGAAGUCGGGGUCCAGCUCUGGAGGAGGCGGCUCCACCCCCUUGCCUUUAGUGGAGAUCACAGACGGCUCGGGCAACAACGUUAGCAUGAGCAACAGCCCUGAGGCUCUGCACUCUGACGGACUCUCCGGCAAUCGUACGGAGCAACUCGUUCUAUCAGAAUGGUCAGACGUGUCCCCUAUUAGCCCGGGGGGCCCGAUGGGUGCCGGGGAGCCCUUCUUGAUCAGUGACACCCCCACAGAGGAGAACUUGGAGAAAGACAGACGCAAGACAAGUAAGAAGGUCACGCGUAGCGAGAGUGCUCGCGUGGACCGCCACCAUUCGCGGCGACGCAGCUCUUCCCGGGCCAAACAGUUUCGCUCUCGUAGCGACGUGGACCUGCAGCCCCCUUCCAAUGUGACGACGCUCAGCCCCCAUUUCAACGAAGGAGGCGUACCGGUUUCCGAGGGCUCCGGCUCGUCGCCUGCCAGCCCCGCCCCUCCUGAGGAGAUGGAGCCCCGUCUACUGGAGUUUGAGCAAGACCCACCCAACUGGAGGGAACUGGCGUCCCCGGAGCUUCUGUCCAGCCUCUCCAAGAAGGAGACCAAGAGACAGGAGGUCAUCAACGAGUUGUAUGCCACAGAGCAUGCCCACGUGCGCAUGCUGAGCGUCCUUCAGAUGGUCUUCUCCAAGCCCCUUGAACGAGAGGAGCUCCUCACCGCCACAGAGUUGGCCACGAUCUUCCCGAACCUAGACGAUAUCCUCGAAAUGCACUAUAACUUGUACGAAAACCUGAAGAAACUUCGUCUGGAGGACAACUAUAUUGUCAAAUCCAUCAGCACCACCGUCCUCAACAGAUUUGAGGGCCCGGAAGGGGAAUGGUUCCAGAAGCUGACAGCCCGCUUCUGCAGUCACCAGUCAUGGGCCCUGGACCAAAUCAAGAGCAGGCAAAAAAAGGAGCCUCGUUUCAACUCUUUCAUCCUAGAGGCGGAGAGCAAGCCACAGUGUCGGAGGCUGCAGCUGAAGGACAUCAUUCCCAUUGAGAUGCAGAGACUCACCAAGUAUCCGCUGCUGCUUGAAAAUAUCGCCAAGAACACAGAGAAUCCCACAGAGAAAGAACGCGUUCAUCAGAGUGCAGAGUGCUGCAGAAAGAUCCUCAAUCACGUCAAUGAGGAGGUCAAAGUGAUGGAGAACUUUCUGACGCUCAAGGACUACCAACGUCGACUGGACACGUCAGGACUCAAGCCCAGUAAUGAGCUUUAUACAGAAUAUAAGAACAUCGAUCUGACCCAGAAAAAGAUGCUUUAUGAAGGUCCUCUCACUUGGAAGGUCACCAAGGAGAAGGCUGUCGAGGUCCAAUGUGUACUGCUAGGUGACCUGCUGGUGCUCCUGCAGAGGCAGGACGACAAGAUGGUGCUCAAGUGUCAGAGUAAAAGCAUCAUCGCCGUGCAGGAAGGCAAGCAGAUGCUUAGUCCCAUCAUCAAGUUGGACUCUGUGUUCCUGCGUGAAGUGGCGACUGAUUUAAAGGCCUUCUAUGUGAUUUUCACCUGGGACAGUGGCGCUCAGAUCUACGAGCUGGUGGCUCAGUCUGUGGGCGAAAGGAAACUGUGGACUAAUGUAAUCAAGUCAGCAGUGGACGAUCUGAAGAAGAGCGGCGCACCCAUGAGGAUCACACUCCCACCUGGAAGUGGAGCAGGACUUAGUCCUUCUGGACUGAGCGCCCCUCAAAGCCCCACCGAGAACGGCAGCUUGAAAAGCAGCAAUGAUCGCGAUAAGGACAGCUUGACGGACGACAAGUCGUCCGAUCCUCGGCACAAUCUGAUCGACUUUCUGUCCGACAAAGGGUUCGACCUUAUCGGACACUCUAACAGCGAUCAAGAAAAGACUGCCGCCAACGCUCUGCAAGAAGUCAUGUUGCUGAAGAGGCUGCUGGUUGGGAGCAUCAGGCUGUCAGAGGACGGACAAAACGGAGAUGACCACAAUCCAGAAAUUGACACCUUUCAAUCAACAGACGAAAGCCAAGCAGCAGAGGACGAGAAGGAACAAGUCGGCGCCAAAGGGGAUGAGGAGAGCCUCCCUUCAGACUCGGCCAGGCUAGUGUUGUCCCCGGAGAGGAUGGCGCAAGUGUGUCGGAGGCUCGUCAGCCUGGAGGAGCAAAUAAAGAGACUCCAGACUGUUGAAGAGGAACAUCACAGGCUACAGGAAGCUCUGUCUAAGUUCUCGCUGGAGGGCGGUCACUAUGCCUAAGACCCACGCCAUCUGCUGGCCAUUAGACUGUUUAUUUUUUACUGGUGCUGGUUUGGAGUGCAAGAAGCUUUCCGGAAACGUCCGCAAUUCUUGCCUUCGCUAAGAAAAUGCUCGGACGGAUGCUGGAUAACUGUUAGAGGAUGAAUAAGGGGCUUUUGCGGCCAGUGCUGUGGAAUGCGUGCGGAUGUGUGCCUGUAUGCGCUGCAUUGCGUUCUGUUGCGAUGCGCGCUUGUACAAAGAAAAGAUGAGAAAGAACCAAAAAAAAAAAGGCAACCCUCGUUUGAGUGUUUAUUUGCAGAGUGUUGCCAAAAAACAAAAGCUACAGUAUCAAUACUUUUUGCUGUCUCUUAAGAUGUGCUGUUCCACACACAUACACAACUGAAGAAAUCAAGUAACUUGAUUGCCUAACAAAUUAUGAAAUUACAUGCAAAGUUGCCUUAGUAAGCCAUUGUAAAGCACUGCUAUAAACUGAAUGGUUGUAUUUAUUUGCCAAAGUACAACAGAAAUUCACACAUUUUGAUAGUUUAUGGUGAGGAACCGCGUCUGUGUGAGUGAGGUUGUUCAUUUUCUGCAGGCUUCGUUUUGUAACGAACGUAGCUUUUUCCCAGAAUAGUAUCACCUAUCAAGCUGUUAAUAAUUGAGAUUUUUUUUUGUGUUCACUGUUAUUUAUUCCCUUUUGGGGCUUUGGGUUUUCCCGAGUGGAUGCAAGGCAGCGCUGGGCCCGACCGAGAGCAUAAAGGUAGACGUGAAAGCUAAGAGAGAACGUACAACAGUGGAAUGUAGAAAGAACUUGCAGUGAGUUUGCUUUAAAGAGAGUGAGAUGGAAGCAGAUGAAUGUUGCCAUAAUAGCAGUGAAAAUGUCAGAGUAAGGUAGAAAAGUCUAAGUAGCACUGUGUUUCCUUGGCCGCCCCUUUUGACUCAUUCGAUGCCAUUGAUGGUAAGAGACGUCCAAUUUAUUUUAACUGCCUAGUUAAAAAGGAUUGGAUGUCUUUCACCAACAGUGUUGGUGAAUAAGUCAGUUAAUGUAGCCAGUAUUUGUUUCAUGAGACUGACAGGUGUCUUGCAUUUAACAUGUGGAUUCUGCACACAGACUAAUUUCUUGCAGUUUUUAAGCUAAUCAUGUGACCUGUAAUGAUUACCAUUAGUCGUUGUUCAAAUACUGACAUUAAGGAGUGACGUAGCUGCAAUUCGGGUAAAAAAACAAAAAAAAGCACACCAAUUACAAUUUUCAAGGACAAGAGUGGAAACACUGGAGGGCCCAGCGCUGCUACACUAGCAGAUUAGGUUGCAUGUCCUCUCUUCUAUUAUUCCCUAAGAGCAACAUAAAGAAUAUUUUUGUUGUUGACAAUAUAAAAAAAUAUCUUGGUGCAUGACCAAAGAUGCAAAAGUGAUGCACAGUUCUCUUUCCCCCCUACUCCACAUAGUGCCUACUUUGAUAAAGUGAAUGGCGAUGUACAUAAUAGUUUGACAAAAAGUUCAGGUGGCCAUAGUGGAACCCUGCUUAAAACACAUUCUAAAAAAGAAAUUACACCAAAGGACAUGAGAUUAAUUUGAACGUGCCAAAAGGAAGACUUGUCAGAAAAUGUUCAGAAUGUACUGUUGUGUUAUAAAAGGGGCAACUACUACACAUAAUCAUCACAGCUUUUUCUACAGGGGCCAUCUUUAAACUAGCCAAACAAUAAGAAUUUAGAGUUUAGCAGCUUGUAUUAUAUUCUCAGAAAAUCCCAUUGGCUUUUCUGCUCUUUUAUGCAUUAACUAUGCAAGAAAUAUACUGUGUAUUUUGGGUUUUGAUUUUUCUGAGGCUGUCUAAAUGAUGUACACUUAAGGAAAAAAUGUGGUACGUUGUUUUGUUUUUUAAAUAAAUUGGGGAAAUAAGAAUGUCUUUUUUUUUUUUUAUGGUGGUUUUACACCUUGGAGUCUGGUGGUUUU